CAAAUCCAAUGAGCCUUUAUAAAGAAAGUGCUGAGUGUAUGAAUACUCUGCUUUCUUUCUCGAUCGAAACCUGAGUUUGUAUGAAACGGCGAUGAUCUUCAUCUUCCCCACAAUCUGGCUUUGACGGCGUCGUUUUGUGGUGUGAUUCUUUCCCGGAGAAAAGUUAUUAUUAAAGAAAAGAACAAAAUUUAUUUUCGUCAGCGGUGCCUUCUGCACUGUCAAUGGCCGUAUUUCCGCCAUAGAAGCAGUUUGUACUUACUUCUCUGUAGGGAACCCUUGAGAAUUGACCCGUAGCCAUCAUGAAGGAGACGAUCUUCUUCACCUUUUUUUGUCUUCUUAUACUUGUUAGCCCAUUUCCGUGUUCUUCUCUUGAAGACGAUGUACUGUGCCUCGAAGGCCUCAAGAACUCGCUCAAAGACCCGUCGGGUCGACUCAGUGGCUGGUCCUUCUCCAACUCGAGCUCGUCGGCUGUGUCGGUUUGCAAGCUGACCGGUGUCUCUUGCUGGAACGAGAAGGAGAAUCGCAUCAUCUCUCUGCAGCUCCAGUCCAUGCAGCUUGCGGGUCAGAUCCCCGAGUCGCUCAAGUUCUGUCGAAGUUUGCAGUCCCUGGAUCUCUCCGACAAUGAUCUUUCAGGUCCGAUUCCUUCCCAAAUCUGCUCGUGGCUGCCAUACCUCGUCACUCUGGAUCUGUCCGGCAACAAACUAGGCGGUUCGAUCCCGGCCCAGAUCGUGGAUUGCAAGUUCCUUAACAGCCUGGCUCUUAACGACAAUAAGCUCUCCGGUUCGAUCCCAACGGAGCUCAGUCGGUUGGACAGACUCAGGCGUCUUUCCCUCGCCGACAACGAUCUCUCAGGUCCGAUCCCGUCGGAGCUUUCGAAGUUCGAAGAAGGAGACUUUAGCGGAAAUCACGGACUUUGCGGAAAACCCUUGUCGGGAUGUGGCUCGUUGAGCGGUAAAAACCUAACAAUUAUCAUUGUCGCCGGAAUUAUCGGCGCUGUUGGGUCACUGGUCGUGGGUUUUGCGAUACUGUGGUGGUUCUUCAUCAGAGAAGGUGGCAGGAAGAAGAAGGGUUACGGCGUCGGAAAAUCGAAGGAAGAUGGUGACUGGAUCGAUUUACUGAGAUCACACAAGCUCGUUCAGGUAACUUUGUUUCAGAAACCCAUUGUGAAGAUCAAGUUGGCUGAUUUAAUGGCGGCGACGAACAAUUUCAAUUCUGGGAAUUUAGUUGUUUCCACGAGAACUGGCGUCUCGUACGAAGCUGUUUUACCUGAUGGAUCAGCUCUUGCGGUCAAGAGGCUUAGCUGUUGUGGGCUUGGAGAGAAACAGUUCAGGUCGGAGAUGAACCGGUUAGGUCAACUCAGGCAUCCGAAUCUGGUUCCACUUUUAGGUUUUUGUGUCGUGGAAGAUGAGAGAUUGCUGGUUUACAAGCACAUGCCCAAUGGAACACUCUACUCUCAAUUGCACGGCCAUGGAGGCGGUUUGGAUUGGCCAGCGCGGCUUAGGAUCAGUGUAGGCGCAGCCAGAGGGCUAGCAUGGCUGCACCAUGGCUGCCAACCGCCAUAUACCCAUCAAUACAUUAGCUCCAAUGUGAUUCUCCUCGACGAAGAUCUUGACGCUCGAGUUACGGAUUACGGGCUGGCAAGGCUGGUGGCUGCAUCUCGUGAUUCAAAAGACGAUAGCUCGUUCAACAAUGGUGAUCUAGGGGAGUUAGGUUACAUGGCUCCAGAGUACUCGAGCACAAAGGUCACGUCCUUGAAAGGAGAUGUGUACGGGUUCGGGAUCGUGCUUCUGGAACUGGUCACGGGGCAAAAGCCUCUCUCUGCCAUCAAUGGAGAGGAAGGGUUUAAAGGGAGUUUGGUGGAUUGGGUCAGCCAGUUUUUGAGCACCGGUAGAAGCAAAGAGGCCAUUGACAGAAACAUUUUUGGCAGGGGCUAUGAUGACGAGAUAAUGCAGUUUCUGAAAACUGCAUGUAGCUGCGUUGUCUCCAGGCCAAAGGAGAGACCAUCAAUGUGCCAUGUUUAUGAAUGUCUGAAGAACAUGGCGGAUAAACAUGGUCUUACCACCGAUCAUUUCGACGAAUUUCCAUUGAUCUUCAACAAACAAGAUGGUGAGUAACUUGUGGAAAGGUUGUCCUCUUUUGGGCAGUGGAAGUGCUGAAAAUGGCAUCUUUUCUUUUCUUUUUUUGGCUACCUCAACCACUCACACCAUAUGUGGUAAGUCUUCUCAUUCAUUGUCAUACGAUUAUUGGAAUUCAAGCA